AUGUGGCUGAUUUUGACCUUUCUGGGCCUUACAUCCUGUCUGUCCAUGAGUGGUUUGGCCUUCGCCAAGCUCUACUGGAAUCCCAGCUACGAGACGUGGCGCUUCAAGAGUAACCCCAAAUUCCCAAAGCCGGAGCACGUCCGCACCGAGGUGCUUCUCACCAUCAAGUGUAUCUCCUUGUCGACCAUGUUGCCUGCUCUCUCACUGUACCUGGCAGCUCAGGGCAAAAGCCAAGCUUUCUGUGGCUGGGGCGGCAGGUCCAUCUGGUGGCACUUGGGUUGCCUUGGUGCCUUGCUGUUGGGCAUCGAUUUCUUUGAGUGGGCUUAUCACUACAUGGGCCACCAGGUGCCAGCAAUGUGGAAGCAGCACAAGAGCCAUCACAAGUUCUACAAUCCUACGCCAUUUUCGGUCAUCGCCGACGAAGCCGUGGAUCAGCUAAUGCGCACUGCGCCCAUGCUCUUGUCGGUCAUCAUGCCAUUGAACAUGGACGUACUUUUUGGUCUCUUUGCAGUAAUGUUCUAUGCCUAUGGCGUCUACCUUCACUCAGGUUAUGAGUUGGCUUGGCCUGAUGCCCACCACCCGAUCAUCAACACCUCCUUCCAGCACUACCUGCACCAUGCAGAGGGUGCCGUGGGAAAGCCCCGACACACAGGUUUCUUCAUCAAGCUUUGGGACCAACUGGCGGAUGGCGAUAGCACGGCCCACAUGUUCCAGAUGGGCAAGUGCACCUGCUCCAAAUGCAGCCGCGAGCGAGGAGAGCGCAGCGUGGAAGCAUGGAAGAAGGUGGAACGGGUGGACUAUUCCUGUUUGUUGUCGCCCAAAUUCUGGCUACAGGCCUUUGCAUGA